AGCGUACACCAUGUACAAGACUCACAUUUUGGCGUAGACUCUGCUGCGGCACAACCAAACAUCUUUAUCAACCCAACCGGUGUCCAGGAGGAACGGCGUGUUCCUCGAUGAGCUGGGUAGUCUUGGACUUGUCGCAGGUCACUGGCAGCAGAGAACUGGAAGGAAAGGAGGCCAAAGGAGGUGUUGGCUUUGGGGAUGACCAGUGAGAUAUACGAGGCGACUGUAGUGACUGCUGGACGCCUGUAGUGACUAGCAUUAUGGGAUGUGGCACCUCCGUCACCACCGACAACAAGGGGAGGAGACUGACGACAGACCAGAUGGCCAAGAAAACUCCCAGCCCUGCACUGGCUAUGAAGGCAGCCAUCCUGAUCCAGCGUUGGUACAGACGUUACAUCGCCAGGUUAGAGAUGAGACAGCGAUACACCUGGAACAUCUUCCAGUCUAUAGAGUAUGCUGGGGAGCAGGACCAGCUACAGCUCUCCAGUUUCUUCAGUUUCAUGCUGGACAACUUCACUCAACUCAACGGGAAUGGCCCAGAUCUGAUCUCCCACCUGCUGGACCCAGUGGUUGACCCGUGGUCAGACAGAGAGAGACAGACCAUGUUUGAACAGAUCACUGUUCCUGAGUCCUACAGCGGUCCUCACCUCACCUUCCCCCUCACCGUCUCUCACACCAACGCCCUGCUCUCUGCAUUCAAAGAGCAACAGCCUCUCCACGGCAGAUACAUGCUGCAGUUGUUACACCAGACUAAGAAGCUCCUGAAACAGAUGCCAAACGUCAUUCACCUGUCCACACCCUACGCCAAGGAGAUCACAAUAUGUGGAGAUUUACAUGGCCGUCUUGAUGACUUGCUGCUCAUAUUCUACAAGAACGGCCUCCCCUCGGCAGAGACCCCGUAUGUGUUCAACGGGGACUUCGUGGACCGAGGGAAGAAGUCUGUGGAGGUCAUCAUCCUGCUGUUUGCCUACCAGCUCCUCUACCCAGACCACAUGACCCUGAACAGAGGCAACCACGAGGACCACAUCAUGAACCUCCGAUAUGGAUUCACUAAAGAAGUUAUGCAGAAGUACAAGACACAUGGCAGGGACAUCCUACUGCUGGUCCAGGAUGUGUUCAGCCUCCUCCCCAUAGCAACAGUCAUCGAUAACAAGGUGCUCAUCGUCCAUGGAGGAAUAUCAGACAUGACGGACCUGUAUUUACUCAGCUCUAUAGAGAGACACAAGGUGAAAUCUGCCCUGAGGCUUCCUAGGAGGAGUCUGAACCAUCUGGAGGUGACUAGGAGCAGUAGACAGGGCCAGCCAGAGAGCCCCCGGUGUAGGAGCAGGGGCCAGCCAGAGAGCCCCCGGUGUAGGAGCAGGGGCCAGCCAGAGAGCCCCAGGUGUAGGAGCAGGGGCCAGCCAGAGAGACCCAGGUGUAGGAGCAGGGGCCAGCCAGAGAGCCCCAGGUGUAGGAGCAGGGGUCAGGACCAUGGCAACACCCCCAAGAAGAGACGUCACCUCACCAGACAGGGCAGCUCCUCCUCUUCCUCCUCAUCCUCACUCUGCUCCCCCCGGGGGUCGUCCCGCCUCACUCUGUGCCGCUGCCUUUCUCCCAGCAUGCUGAGCCCCACCGACAACCUCCAGGUGCCCUUCCUGGACUCCUUCACCGCCCUCCCCGUCCGUCAGCCGCCCAGGGAGGAGUUGGAGUGGAAACAGGUAGUAGAUUUGCUGUGGAGCGACCCGAAGAGCCAGCCAGGCUGCAGUCCCAACACCUUCAGGGGAGGAGGCAGUUACUUCGGGCCAGACGUGACCAGACGCCUGCUGGAGAGACACGGCAUGACUCUGCUGAUCAGAUCACAUGAGUGUAAACAGGAGGGCUACGAAGUCUGCCACGACGGACAGGUGAUCACCAUUUUCUCUGCGUCUAACUACUAUGAGGAGGGUAGUAACCGUGGAGCCUACAUUAAACUGGGCAGAGAGCUGGUCCCUCGCUUCUUCCAGUACCAGGUCAGCAGGAAUACCAGGAAACUCACCCUGACUCAGAGGGUGAAUGUGGCAGAGGGUUCGGCUGUAAGGGCUGUACAGGAGAAGCUGUUUUCUCACCGCUCAGAACUCAUGGCUGCCUUUCAGCAGUAUGACACAAGUAACAGUGGCUGUAUCUCUGUAAGUGAGUGGGCCCUGGUGGUGGAGUCAGUCGUGAGACUGGACCUGCCCUGGAGGACUCUGCGCCCGCGCCUGGCACGGCUGGCACCAGAUGGCAGCAUCGACUACCAGUCCUGCUUCGAGGACAUGGGCCCGGGACAACCCAUACCCCAGGUCACUCCAAACUUGGCUGAAACUCUUUACAGAUAUCGAACAGACCUUGAGAUUAUCUUCAACAUCAUGGACAAAGACCACUCUGGUCAGAUAUCCAUCGAGGAGUUCCGUCAGACCUGGCAUCUGUUUAGUGCUCACCUAGGUGUGGAGGUGGAUGACCGGGCCAUAGAUGAACUGGCUAAGAGUAUAGACUUCAACAAGGACGGUAGCAUCGACUUCAACGAGUUCCUAGAGGCCUUCAGGGUGGUGCACAAACUGGAUGUUAAGGACCAACAGCAGGGCUGAGAGAAACCUUGUUGUAGAGCUGUAGCUCACAUUAGCUACCCGGGCAAUGACUUGGCUUUAGCUCAGUGAGCCAACACUGGCAGCAGGGCUGAGAGAACUACAAAGACCAGCAGCUAGGUUGAUAGAACUACAAAGACCAGCGGCUAGGCUGAGAGAACUACAAAGACCAGCAGCUAGGUUGAGAGAAUUACCAAGACCAGCGGCUAGGCUGAGAGAACUACAAAGACCAGCAGCUAGGCUGAGAGAACUACAAAGACCAGCAGCUAGGCUGAGAGAACUACAAAGACCAGCAGCUAGGCUGAGAGAACUACAAAGACCAGCAGCUAGGUUGAGAGAAUUACAAAGACCAGCGGCUAGGCUGAGAGAACUACAAAGACCAGCAGCUAGGCUGAGAGAACUACAAAGACCAGCAGCUAGGUUGAGAGAAUUACAAAGACCAGCGGCUAGGCUGAGAGAACUACAAAGACCAGCGGCUAGGCUGAGAGAACUACAAAGACCAGAAGCUAGGCUGAGAGAACUACAAAGACCAGCAGCUAGGCUGAUAGAACUACAAAGACCAGCAGCUAUGCUGAGAGAGUACUACAAAAACCAGCAGCAGGCUUGAGGGGAGCCAUGCUUUAGCUUGGCUUUAGCUCUGCAGGUUUUAACAGUCUUGUGGUCAACCAUACACUCAGUGUAGCACAUGCAGUUGCAUGAGUCAGGAAUAUAUCUAGGAGAUGUGGUCACCCUUCUCCCUGUGGUGUAGAACAUGUCUCAGAUGAGAACACACUACUCUCACUAGCUACUGAUAUGGAGGUGGACCAACACACGUGAGGUUUCUACAGACAACGCAGACAAGAGCUCCCCGCGGCAUGUCCUAGCUCUGCUCUGCAGACCAACAGCACUUUGCCCCAUCUUUUCUAGGUCUGAGACAGGGCUGUAACUCUGAGACCAGACUGCUACAUCGUCUCUUCAGGGUCAAAGGUCCAAUGCAGAUGUUUUAAUUUUUUAAAAUCUCAAUAUUAAAUAAUUUCUGGGUAAGUACCUUACUGUGAUUGUUUUUCAUUAAAAUGGUCAAAAAGAAACUAAAAUAGCUUCUUUUAGCAAAGAGCUAUUUCUCAAGCAAGAAUUUAGCUAUGACUGUCUGGGAGUGGUCUGGAAAACUGAAAAUGAUCUGUUAUUGGCAGAGAGGUUUCGACGUCUUUCUUAUUGGUCUAUUAACUCAAUUACUUCCUGGUGAUGUCACCAGGCAGGUCAAAACCAUCCAACCAGAACAGGCUGAAAUGUAUUUUUAAACACCUCUUACACUUAAAAGGUCAUUAUCGUAAUUCUCUAAAUUUGACAGUAUUAUUCCAACCUCAUAAAAGGCAGCGUGUAAAGUAAAUUAUCUGUUAUUGGCAGAGAGGUUUCGACGUCUUUCUUAUUGGUCUAUUAACUCAUUUACUUCCUGGUGUAAAGUGUUGGUCCCAUGAUUCAUGAAGCUGAAAUAAACAAUCCCACAAAUGUU